GGGUGGAGAGAACCGCGCGCAUACAUAACGACGGAGCACCAUAACCAAAAUCACUCACUGUCAUUCAUGCGUUUGGUCUUCAACCGAAUCCUUUCACGGACUGUCUUUACACAAAACGAGGAUGAGGGAAGAGUCACGCGGGUUCUGUUUUCUUAAUUGUUUUUUAUUCAUCAUCAGCGCCCGGCAAUGGGUGUCCGCGAGCAGGAACCUGCGCCCGUGCAAUGAGACAGACUACUACUAUGAGUAUACAGAGUGUGACAGUGUAGGGUCUCGAUGGAGGGUGGCCAUCCCCCACAUUCUGGGCACCUGCUCAGUCCUGCCUACUCCCACCAGAGGAACAGACUGCUCGUUCUCGUGUGCGGUGGGAGAGUUCCUAGAGAUGUCCGCUCAGCAAUGUACGCCUUGUGCUGCCGGCUCCUAUUCGCUGGGCAGUGGGGUGCGUUUCGACCAAUGGGACACUAUCCCUGCCGGCUUCACCAGCCUGGCCACCUACAUGGACCCAGGACCCAGUGGAGAGGAGAGUCAGGCCUGUAAUAGCUCGUCGUGGACGCCGCAGGGUGUGUAUCUGGAGUCUAGUCGUGAUGAGUGCACCGUGUCUCUGGUCUAUGCUGUGCAUCUGGAGCAGCAGGGCUCUGUCUCCUUCAGCUACCAGUACCCUGACAACAACAUCUUUUUUGAGUUCUAUGUCCAGAACGAGCAGUGUCAGGAGAUGGCCCAGACAGACGAUCAGAAGUGGAUCAAACUCACCACCAACGGAGAGUGGGACACACACACGGUGAAUCUUAAGUCUGGCACUAACAUACUGUACUGGAGGACGACCGGGAUCCUGGUCGGAGGGAAGAUGGUUAAACCAGUGUUGCUCAGGAACAUCCAGAUUGAGGGUGUUGCCUACACCUCGGAGUGUUUCCCGUGCCGACCAGGCUGGUUUAGCUCCUCCCCUGGCUCCUCCUCCUGCCAGCCCUGCCCCAGGAACACAUCGUCUAACAAGGGAGCCGCCUCCUGUACUCCCUGCCCCGACACACAGUACUCACAUGAAGGAUGGUCACAGUGUAAGGAGAGGCCUCCAUGUUCAGAGAAGGAUUACUUUCAGAUACACACAGCCUGCGACAGCGAGGGAAAGACUCAGGUGAUGUACCGGUGGGUGGAGCCGAGGAUCUGUGAGGAGAAUGUGACGGGCGCUGUGGCACUGCCCCCUACAGGGGAGAGAGAGGCCUGCCCUCCCUGUAACCCUGGUUACUACAACACCAACGACUCCACCUGCUUCCCCUGUCCUCCUGGAACACACUCUGACGGCACCUCAGUGUGUGAGGAGUGUCCUGCAGGAACAGAGCCAGUACUGGGGUAUGAGUAUAAAUGGUGGAACGUCCUCCCUUCCAACAUGAAGACUUCCUGCUUCAACGUGGGCAACUCCAAAUGUGACGACAUGAACGGCUGGGAGGUGGCAGGGGAUCACAUCCGCAGCGGUGCUGGAGGCUCGGAUAACGAUUACCUCAUCCUGAACCUGCAUGUUCCUGGCUUCAAGUUACCCACAUCACUUGCUGGGAUGACCGGGACUGAGUUUGGCCGGAUCACCUUCGUCUUCGAGACAAUCUGCUCUGCUGACUGUGAGCUCUACUUCAUGAUGGAUGUGAACAGGAAGAGCACCACAGUGGUGGAGUCAUGGGAGGGCAGUAAGGAGAGACAGAGUUACACACACAUCAUGACCAGGAAUGCAUCCGUAUCAUACACUUGGGCCUUCCAGAGGACCAACCAGGCUCAGGACGUGCGGCGGUACAUCAGUGACGUGGUGAUACUCUACUCGGUGAGCGUGACAAAUGUCCAGGAUGGCGUGGCAUCUGCUUGCCGGGCCUGCGCCCUCCUAUCCCAGAGUUCUCAGCGGUCUGGGUCGUGUAUUCCAUGCCCAGCUGGGUUCUACAUUGACAGAGACACCAACCGGUGCCAGGAGUGCCCCCCCAACACAUACCUGUCUGGUCACCACACAUAUGGAGAAGACGCGUGUCUGCCCUGUGGCCCCGGGAGUAAGAGCAACAAGGAGCACUCUCGUUGCUAUAGCGACUGCUCCUUCAGUCACACGGAGCACAACCGUACCCUGACCUUUGACCUGAGCUCUCUGAGCACCGUGGCCUCGCUCACCAUCGGCCCCAGCUUCACCUCUAAAGGCACAAAGUACCUCCACGUCUUCAACGUCAGCCUGUGUGGACACCAGGGGAAGAUGGCAGCUGUCUGCACAGAUAAUGUCACCGAUCUCGCCAACAAGGACAUGGGGAGUGAUUCCACCCAGUUCGUCAACUCAGUGGACAGCUUCAUCUGUCAAUCAACCAUCAUUCCUGCGGAUGGGCGGGGCUUCAGGAUGGCUCUGGCAUCCCAGUCUAUCAGUCUGGCUGAUACCUUCCUCGGAGCGACAGUGGACAGUGAUUUAGACGGAAUAAACGCCAGACCAGAACUCUUCUCUGACAACUCAAAAGGCAUUCCAGACAUCAACUUCUUCUACAGGUCUACUCAAGCGACUGGAUCCUGUGAGCGUGGUCGGAGUGCGGUCAUGACAAUACGCUGCAACCCAGAGAAGAUGGACCGCGGGCAACUCACAGUGCCCAGUGCGUGCCCUGCAGGUACAUGUGACGGCUGUACGUUUCACUUCCUAUGGGAGAGUGGGAGCGCCUGUCCCCACUGCACCCAGGAUGACUAUCACCAGAUAGAGGGAGCCUGCAAGGGAGGGGUCCAGGUGACUCUGUCUGUGUGGAAUGAGCCAAAGCUGUGCACCAAAGGCAUGUCCCUGCCAGCUAAGAGCUCCGCCCCAUGCGAGGCCAUUGCCCUAUGGCUAAAGGUGGGGGUAGGGGGCGGGGCCUUCUUAGCUGUGCUGCUCGUCUCUCUCACCUUCUAUUUCUGGAAGAAGAACAAGAGGCUGGAGUAUAAGUAUUCUCGGUUGGUGAUGUCAGCCAAUAAGGAAUGUGAGCUGCCGGUGGCGGAUAGCUGUGCCCUGGCCGAGGGGGAGGAGCCUGAAGAUGACGUGGUCUACUCCCACAAACCGUCACUGCUCGGCAAGCUCAGGGCCAUCGCCAACAAGCAGAGGGAGGGAGACAGCAGUGAGUCAGUACAGCUGAAGUCAUCCCAGUCUGAGAGAUGGGUCUGGGGGUAACGAUGAGCAAGAACGAAGAGAGAGAAAGAAAGAAGAGAGAGAAAGAAAGAGAGAGAAAGAAAGAAGAGAGAGAAAGAAAGAAAGAAGAGAGGAAGGAAGGAAGAAGAGAGGAAGGAAGAAGAGAGAGAAAGGGAGAAGAGAGAGAAAGAAAGAAGAGAGAGAAAGAAAGAAGAGAGAGAAAGAAAGAAGAGAGGAAGGAAGGAAGAAGAGAGAGAAAGGGAGAAGAGAGAGAAAGAAAGAAGAGAGAGAAAGAAAGGAGAGAGAAAGAAAGAAGAGAGGAAGGAAGGAAGGAAGAAGAGAGAGAAAGGGAGAAGAGAGAGAAAGAAAGAAAGAAGAGAGAAAAAAAGAAGAGAGAGAAAGAAAGAAGAGAGGAAGGAAGGAAGAAGAGAGGAAGGAAGGAAGAAGAGAGCGAAAGGGAGAAGAGAGAGAACGAAAGAAGAGAGAGAAAGAAAGAAGAGAGAGAAAGAAAGAAAGAAGAGAGAGAAAGAAAGAAGAGAGGAAGGAAGAUAGAAGAGAGGAAGGAAGGAAGAAGAGAGAGAAAGGGAGAAGAGAGUAAGGAAGAAAGAAGAGAGGAAGGAAGGAAGAAGAGAGGAAGGAAGGAAGAAGAGAGGAAGGAAGAUAGAAGAGAGUAUGGGAGAGAGAAAAAGAAGAGGAAGGAAGAUAGAAGAGAGGAAGGAAGGAAGAAGAGAGAAAGGGAGAGAGAAAAAGAAGAGGAAGGAAGAUAGAAGAGAGGAAGGAAGGAAGAAGAGAGAAAGGGAGAGAGAAAAAGAAGAGGAAGGAAGAUAGAAGAUAGGAAGGAAGAGAGAAAGGGAAAGAGAAAAAGAAGAGUAAGGAAGAUAGGAGGAAGGAAGGAAGAAGAGAGAGAAAGGGAGAAGAGAGUAAGGAAGAUAGAAGAGAGGAAGGAAGGAAGAGGAGCGAAAGGGAGAGAGAAAAAGAAGAGUAAGGAAGAUAGAAUAGAGGAAGGAAGGAAGGAAGGAAGAAGAGAGAAAGGGAGAGAGAAAAGAAGAUUAAGGAAGAUAGAAGAGAGGAAGGAAGGAAGAAGAGAGAAAGGGAGAGAGAAAAAGAAGAGUAAGGAAGAUAGAAGAGGGGAAGGAAGGAAGAAGAGAGGAAGGAAGGAAGGAAGGAAGAAGAGAGGAAGGAAGGAAGAAGAGAGAGAAAGGGAGAAGAGAGGAAGGAAGAUAGAAGAGAGGAAGGAAGGAAGAAGAGAGAGAAAGGGAGAAGAGAGGAAGGAAGGAAGAAAGAAAGAAGAGAGGAAGGAAGGAAGAAGAGAGGAAGGAAGGAAGAAGAGAGAAAGGGAGAGAGAAAAAGAAGAGUAAGGAAGAUAGAAGAGAGGAAGGAAGGAAGAAGAGAGAAAGAAUAGAGGAAGGAAGGAAGGGAAAGAGAGGAAGGGAGAGAGAAAGAAGAGAGGAAGGGAGAGAGAAAGAAGAGAGGGUUGGCACUGAGUUCCACUCCUCUUCAUGUCUCCUGGGCUGUUUAUUCCUGAGAACUCCAUCGUGGCUCCAGCCACUCCAGUUUUCUCUGCAAAGGUACUUGUUCCCAUGAUUCUGACUAAAAACUGGAAAGUGGUUUGGCUCUCCACCCUAGACCCUACAACACAGGGGAACACAUUCCUGCUUAAUGCUAUGGAUAUUAUAGGGCUGCAAAUGAAAGGAACUGUCACUGUUUUGUAUAUUUUGUAUUGUCAUUUGGAGUUUAUCUGUACAGUCAUGUCUAAAGUAUUUAUAAUUAUUAAUGUUGGUAUGAUUCAUCUUUAUUAAAUUCUCACUUGGCUUUGGGGCCGUGUU